AUGGGGAGAUUGGCGCCACUGGUGAUACGGUUGGCCACCGUGUCACUAGUGGCGUUUGUCCUAGCCGAGCCUGGCAAUGGCGGCGACCAGUCGGUGGCGAGAGUGGACCGGGACACUGCGCUGCCAGCGCCCGGUACUGCUCCGCCGCCGCCUCGCCGCGCCGGUAAACGUGAACGCAACCGAAAACGAACCACUACGACGACGACCACGACAGUAGAUCCCGACAGCAAUGAUGUCGGGAACGUACCCACUACUGUCACCACGACGACCACUGCUGACCCAAGGGCUCUCGAUCACACUGACAAUCACAUCAUUCAGCACAAAAGCUUGAAGCGUCAGCGUGCGACUGCGCCGGCGCCGCCCGGGCCGCAGCGCCGCUGGCCGGGGAAGCAGCACAAACGACGACGCCGCCGCACCACGACAACGACGACUACCACUGAAUCGGAUGAGACGGAACCUACUACAACUCUGCAGACGACCACGAUAGACCCUCGGAGUAUCGACCACAAAUACGGCGUAGGAGUCAAUCUUGAAGGCGUCGCCACUGAAGUACCUGAAGGAGGAAGCUGCCACGUGCCGCUCGGGAUGGAAAGUGGAAUGAUUUCCAACGAAUCCCUCUCGGCAAGUUCCAGCUACGACCAAAGUGUUUCACCUCUCAGCUCACGGAGCUUUGUACAGAAGUUAACCGGGACGCGUCUUUGCAGUAUACGAACGGAAAUCAAAGGGGGCGCUUGGUGUCCUAAUGGGUUGAUAUCGCCCAAAAGCCGCCAGUUCCUGGAGAUUGACCUACGUGACGAAUACUUGAUUACUGGCACUGAGUCCCAAGGCAGGUUCGCUAACUCCGUGGGAGUGGAAUUUGUCGAAAGCUACUCUGUCGAAUACUGGCGCACUGCUCUCAACCGAUGGGUUAAAUACAAAGACUUUAACGGAAGCCGGUUGAUAUCUGGAAAUGUGAACACCUACACACCCCGGAAAUCAACACUCGAGGCACCGUUCAUUGCGUCGAAGGUGCGAUUUUUCCCGUAUGCAGCACAUCCACGAACGGCUUGUAUGAGAGUGGAACUCUAUGGGUGUCGUUGGAAACAGGAUGUAGUUGCGUACUCGGCCCCGAAGGGCGGGGAUAUGCAAGCAAUGACCGGUGGCGCUCGGUUCGAGGACCUCGGCUACGACGGAACACUCCGAGAAGGCCGAUUAAUUAAUGGUCUUGGUCAGAUGACGGACUCCUUGUUAGGACCAAACGAUUUUGAACUCCCGGAUCAGUUAGAUACAAGAGGAUCUCGGUGGGUUGGAUGGAACAAAACAAUGUCUGUUGACGAAGAAGUCACUCUGACCUUCAACUUCAGCGAGCCUCGUCUGUUCUACCACAUGGACGUCCACACCAACAACAUGUUCACCAAGGACGUCCAGUUAUUCAAAGAGGCCGAGGUAUACUUCUCCCUAGAGGGAGAGCGUUGGCAGGAAGACUAUGUGUCUCACGAACCGAAGCAGGACAGGGUGUCGGAGCACGCCCGGAUCGUGCACAUAGAUCUGCAAAAUCGCACUGCCAAGCAUAUCAUGAUGAAGCUCAGGUUCCAACAUGAAUGGAUUUUAAUCAGCGAAAUCAGCUUCAAGUCUGUUCCAACCUGGGUGAACACCUCAGCCGAGUUCCUAGAAGAGUAUUACAGGAGUGAUAUUCCACCGUCAUCUAGGAAGAAGAGAAACUCAUCCCUGAGGGUCUCAGUGGGUCUAGCUUGCGGCGCCCUAGUAGGAGGAGGGGCGUUUAUCGCAGGAACAGUGGUCCUCCUAACUAAAAAGACCAGGCGAAGAAUACCAAACGUCUUAAAGAAACCGUUUUGCCCAUCUUUAAGGCACGGCAGCUCGAGUUCUAGGAACAAUCGUAGGACACCGAGACUUGCCCUCGCCCUAGCGAAUUGUCCUCCGAUACACAUGCUAAGACCGGCAGUCGUCGACGAGGAUUAUAGGGAACCGUACAACAUUUGGAGGGAAACCCUGGGCCGUCGGGACAAACGGGAGUCACAUGAUCAACACGAGUACAACGAAAUCUGCGAGGACACCGAGUUCCCGAGACCCUACAUGAUGAAACGACCUGAUCCGCAUGAAAGUUUUUACGCUGCCACUGACAUAAUACAUCAUACGUACCCGGAAGAACGCGCUUGUCGCCGUGAAAAGCCAGCUCCAGGCCUCUUCACAUCCAUCAAACUACCUGAAGCCGAGCCCCCAAACGGAGUGGCGCCCCUGCUGGAUUUCCCGCGGGGGCGCAUGCGACCAAUAACCUUCCUUGGAGAGGGCCCGCAUGGGAGUCUCCAGAUAUGCGAGACCGAUGGCAUCGAAGAGUUGAGCGACGAGGAGUCACCGACUGGAGGACGCCGCCGCCUCGUUGUUGUGAAAACUCUGUGGCGCGGCUGCCAUAGCGAAGUGAAAGCGGCAUUUGCUCGCGAGGCUACAUGGGGCGCUGGGUUGAAACACCCACAACUAGCCAGAGUGCUAGGCUUGAGCUUGCUCGAACCACCAUGCGCAGCCCUAGAUCGCGGAGAUGCCGCCCCCCUGCCCACGAUUUUGCGAUCGGAACGGAAAUUGAAUUACUCGAGUUUGAUUCACAUAUGCUGCCAGAUAGCCGCAGGCAUGAAGUAUCUGGAGUCAUUCGAGUUGGUACAUCGCGAUUUAUCAGCUCGGAAUGUCACCGUAACUGAGGAACUUCAUGUUAAGGUAUCUGACUAUGCAAUGUUUUGUGAAGAAUUCGUUACCGACUACCACGUGAUGGCUGAUGGAUCCCGUAUACCACUCCGAUGGAUGGCAUGGGAAAGCCUAUUGAUGGGUAUGUGCUCACCAGCAAGUGACGUUUGGUCGUUCGGUGUAACCGUCUGGGAAGUCCUUACUUACUGCACGGCAAAACCAUUCGAAGAGAUGACCGACGACCAGGUGGUAGCCAAUGCCAGUGAGUGGCGUUGUGGUGGCCGUGGUGCCCGAGUGCCAGCCGCUCCUCCCCCGCGCUGCCGCCGCGAGCUUUACGACCUGAUGCACGAAUGCUGGCGCCGGGAGCCCAUGCAGCGCCCCCGCUUCCAUGACCUUCAUCGCUUCCUGGAGCGCAUGACCCACGGCUACAAGCCGCCUAACAACCGUUAA